AUGGCAGCAAAUAAGGAAGAUGUGAAGCUUUUGGCAAUGGUGGAAAGUCCCUUUGUGGGUAGGGUUGAUAUUGCUCUAAAUUUGAAGGGAAUUCAAUACAAAUAUGAGGUAGAAAACUUGAAAAACAAGAGUGAGCUUCUCCUCAAAUCUAACCCAGUAUAUAAGAAAGUUCCAGUAUUAGUUCAUAAUGAGAAAUCCAUAUCAGAAUCACUUGUGAUUCUUGAGUAUAUUGAUGAAACAUGGACGCAAAAUCCAAUAUUGCCUUCUGAUCCUUACAAAAGAGCCUUGGCUCGUUUCUGGUCAAAGUUCAUAGAUGACAAGGUUAUUGAUGCUGCAAGGAAAGCUCUAUACAGUCAUGAUGAGAAAGAACGGGAGAAAGGUGCUGAAGAAAUAGAUGAGGCUCUUCAUCUUCUUGAGAAUGAGCUCAAGGAUAAAUUCUUUGGUGGAGAAGAGAUUGGAAUUGUUGAUAUUACUGCUGUCAUCAUAGCUUACUGGCUUCCUAUUAUACAAGAAGCAUUUGGAGAGAAGUUGUUCACUAGUGAUAAAUUUCCCAAGCUUUACAAUUGGAGUCAAGACUUCAACAAUCACCCUAUUGUUAAGGAACAUUUGCCUCCUAGAGAAACCCUUAUGAUCUAUUACAAAGGUCAUUAUGAAAGGCACAUUGCUUCUAAAUAG